AUGGAUAUCGACAGAAUCAAGCGAAGAAGGGCCGUGGUGCUAACAUCUACAACCAAGCUGCUCAACGAAGUAUCCACCAUGGACGGCAUUGCAUCAAUCGGGGAGCUGGAAGAAAAGAUAAAUCUUUCUCUUAAAGAGGACUCACUAAAAGAGCUAGACCGGGAGAUAGAAAAAGGUGUUGAAGAUGAAGCUUUCGAAGAGGAAGUUGCAUGCUCCGAAAUGUACAGAGAAAAGAUCAGCGUGGCGAAAACAAAGGUACAACGCAUGCUACGCGACUUUAGCUGCACAAAUGCUUCAUCAGAUCUCACACUAAACUUCUCAGAUCAAAGAGAAUCUAGCGCAAACGAUCCGCAAAUACGCCCCACCGUAAAGGUGCCAAAGCUCGAAAUCAACAAAUUCAAUGGAGAGCUUCGAGAUUGGCAAGGGUUCUGGAGUCGGUUUGAGUCGACUAUCAACGAUAACCAGAACCUCUCAAACGUAGACAAAUUCAAGUACCUUAACCGCUAG